GCUCGGGUCCCUGAAUCGGUUCCCUCGAAUGAUGACGAUUGGGACAAGGAGCUAGCACCGGAAGAUCUCGAAGAGUUUGUACUCUCGGCUUUGUCACCAGAGGCGCUCGACAACGGGAAGCCUGACAUCGAAAAUGCUACUGGUGCUAAAGGCGAUGCAGGAGUUGUUUCGGCAAAGCCAGGCCUGGACAGGGGGCAGCAAAGUCACAGCCAUAGCCAAACUGGCGUCAGCAGCUCUGAGAGGAUAAAAGGGAAGGCAGCAGCAGUAGAACCCGAGCUUUCCGCAGGUGCUCUGGUUCUUCAGGAGCUGGAGACGGUUGUCUCGAAGCUCGAAAGCCGGAGCAGACUUUGCUUGAGGGACGCGUUCUACAGGCUCGCAGACAAUGCCACGCGAAGAACCGGAGUUCAAGCCGACGCAGCGGAACUCCAGCGCUUGUCGUGGCGCACAGCAUCCUUGUCCCUGAGACAGGAGCUGUCAACUAAUACGAUUGAUCGAUCCGUCGCGAGCAUGCUCUUCUGCAAGGAAUCUCCCCCUCCACCUCUCCCGCUCCCGGCUCCCUCCUCGCCGCCGCCUCUUCCUCCACUUCCUCCGCGGCCGCGUUCUUCUCCUGGUCGUCCUCUUCGUCCCAAAUCCUCAGCUUCUUCGAGCAGUAGCAUUCCAAAGAAGCAACACCAACACCAUCAAGCUCCGCUGGGCAACAACACCAACAAGAAGUUGUCGCUGGCCCCAGCUCACAAGCAUCGUUGUGCUGGAUCGACCAGCGUGCUACGAACAGCCACGACAUUGCGAGCGACGCCGGCGGCGAUCCCAGGAGCAGCUGCCAGGAACACCAAGAGUUUGAUACUACUCCCGCCACCAGCGGCCACCAAGCGAAGAUCGCCAAAUGCCACUACUACUUUUACUAGUACUAGUACUACUACGACGACUAACAAACGAGGCAAGCUCUGAGGGUGGCGAAGAAAAAAAUAAAACUGCAGACCGAAUUUGGGUCGCUUGACUUGGCAUAUUCAGUAAAGAUGUUUAUCGAGAAUA